AUGGAGUCUAAGAUUAAAAUUGGGCCAUUAAAAUUAAAACCCGGGGACUUACAAGAUUCAAAUUUGGAACAUCAUGUAACCCGAGGUGAGUUGAUGUGCUUGAGGCCCGAAAAGUGGAUUAAUGGCGGAGUGAUGAACGCACAAGAUCAAGUUAAUGAUACAAGUGAUGAUAAACUUUUUCAACUAGGUGUCAAACUAAGAAGGGGAAACUCAAAGCAAUUCACCGUAGGCCUUAAGAAGUACGAUAAGAUGAAAACUCUUGAUCACAUUUACAUUGAUGAGAUUGUCACCGAUUUUGAAAAGGGAUGGGAGUUUGCAAAAUUCAACAUUGUACAAAGUGACAAGGCCCACAAAAAACCAAAUGGAUGGGACUAUGGUAUCUUCGUUUUGAAUUGGGUAGAAGACAUUGAAUGCACAUCACACGGUUCAAACAAAUUCAGAGUUGUCGAUGAAGAACUCAACAACUUGGCCCAACAUGGUCCUUUCAUCCCUCAUCAUCCCAUCACAAAGAAGCCAAUGACAUGCUCCCAGACAAAGUAG